AUGCCUGAAUCGGGAAGCAUAAAUCCGGAAGAGAGAGUCCAGUGGGUCUACUCGUCCACCACCAACGACGAGUUGGCGGAGCGCUACGACCAAUGGGCCCGCGAGUACGAUGACGACCUGGAAAACACGUUCGUCUGGCUCGCGCCCCGUCGCGGCGCCGAGACUUUGGCCGAGCACGUUGCCAAAGAUGCGAAAAUAUUGGACGCCGGGGCUGGCACCGGGCUGGUCGGAGUGGAGCUACAGCGUUUGGGCUACGGCAACAUCUGCGCCAUGGACCUUUCGGAUGGGAUGCUGGACGAGGCCCGUUCCAAGGGUUGCUACAACGAUUUCCGCCAGAUGGCCCUGGGCGACCACCUCGGUUUCGACUCCGACGCCUACGACGCGGUGAUCAGCGUCGGGGUUUUCACGCCGGGGCACGCGCCUCCCGAUUCGUUCGUGGAGUUGUGCCGGGUCACCAAACCCGGCGGCCACAUCGUGUUCAGCAUGCGGCCCGACACCCAUGUCGAGCUGGGCUUCAAGGACCAGCAGGACGCCCUCGCCGACAGCGGCGCGUGGUCCCUGGUAGCGGUCACCGAGCCGUUCCAGCCUCUGCCCAAGGGUGAGCCGGAGGUGAUGCACCAGAUCUGGGUUUACCGAGUGAACUGA